AUGACGCGGCUGCUGCUGCUGGCGCUGCCUGGGAUCUUGGCGGGCGACUUCGCGGAGCUGGACCCGGAGGCUGCGGCAGUGGCGGAGGACCCGCAGUUCGACCCGUACGACGACAAGCCGCGUGGCGUCGGCGCAGACGCCGAGUACGCGCCCAGGGGCCGCACCGUCGAGAGCUUCGACUUCGACCCGUCCGAGGGCCUGACGUUCUACGUGGAGGGCGGCAGCAGCCAGUGCUUCUACCAGGACGCCAAGUUCGAGGGCGACGAGCUUGGCGGGGCCUACGUGGUGAGCUCUGCCGACUCGCACAUUGACAUGGAGGUGAAGAACCCAGAGGGCGUCACGAUCUACCGCCGACUUGGGGACGCCGAGGGACAAUAUCUGCUCACGCCCAAGCAAGCGGGCGUGCACGAGCUGUGCUUCAUCAACCCGGACUCGGACGGCAAGCUGGUGACACACGUGACCAACACGCUGCAGUCGCAGCAUCCGGUCGAGAAAGAGCAUGUGAGCGUGCUGGCCAAGUACGCAUCGCACCUGGAUGUGCGUCUCGGAGAGCUCGAGUCCGAGCAGAGACUGCAGCUGAUUCGGACAGACAGGCAUAUCAAAGUGGAGGAGGAGAUGAACAAGCACGUGAUGUUCUACGGAGCUCUGGAAUGCGUCGUGUACCUUGUGGUGUGCUUCUUCCAGGUGUUCUACAUCAAGAGCUUGCUAGAUAGCCCUCGCAAGGCGCGGAGUUGGGUCUGA